AUGGUUUCCACAACCAGCAAAUCGGAUUCGAAGCAUGAAGAGAAACAAACCCCAAACUCGAAAAACCCUAAAAAUGUCUACCAAAUCGGAGGUCUUCAAGUUGAAUUCCCUUAUCAGCCGUACGGAACGCAGCUUGCGUUCAUGAGCCGGGUCAUAUCUACGCUUGAUCGUGCCCAGAGAGACGGUCACUGCCACGCUUUGCUCGAGUCUCCCACCGGUACGGGCAAAUCUCUGUCUUUACUCUGCUCGGUUCUCGCUUGGCAACAGAACUACAAAUCCAGGCUUCUUAAAGGAAACUUGUCUCAUUCGAAACCUGCGCCGGAAGCAGCCACCGACCCAUUGAAUCAUGGAGGUGGAUUCAUACCUGAAACACAACCUUCAGAUACUCCUUUACCUAGCAAUGUGGAACCAGCGGAAACUAAGAAGAGAACCAAAAUCCCGACCAUAUACUAUGCUUCACGGACUCAUUCACAGAUUACUCAAGUCAUUCGUGAGUAUCGGAAAACUGGUUACAGAGUUCCCAUGGCUGUAUUGGCUUCACGAAAGCAUUACUGCACUAAUCGUCAUGUACAUGGGAAAGAAAAUGUAGAUGAAGAAUGUCGGUUGCUCCUAAAAAAUAAGGCAAAUAUACAAUGUUCUGAGUUCAAGAACGUUAGUAAAAUCACAGCUCACCCAUCCCUUCAGCAAAGAGGUCACAAUGAGGUUCAUGAUAUUGAAGAUCUUGUAAAAGUUGGAAAAAGUGUUAGAGGUUGUCCAUAUUAUGCUGCCUGGUCAAUGGCGGAGAACGCACAGUUAGUCUUUUGCCCUUAUUCGUAUAUAGUUAAUCCUGUCAUUCGAGCAGGAGUUGAAGUAGAUUUAAAAGGAGCAAUUAUCAUCUUCGAUGAAGCACAUAAUAUGGAAGACAUUGCUCGUGAAGCAGGAAGCAUUAACUUGGAAGAAGAGACUCUUUUCAAAUUGCAGAAUGAACUAGAACAGAUGAGCGUGGCACAGCCAAUGAUAUAUCAACCCUUGUGUGAAGUAGUAGAUGGAUUGAUAAGCUGGAUUGGAAGAAAAAAGGAUUCACUAGAAAAACGUGAUUUUCAGCACUAUUUCUCUAGCUGGACUGGAGACAAAGCUUUAAGAGAGCUCGAGGAAUCUAAUAUCUCGCAAGAAUGCUUCCCAAUCUUAUUGGAAUGCUUUACAAAGGCGAUCAGAACAUCAAAGGAAGCAGAAAUGGAACCAGAUAUGGCUCAUUUGAGUGGGAUAUCUGUCUUGACACUAGAAGAGUUGUUCUCUUCACUUACAUACUUCUUUUCAAGAAAUGGAACUCACAUCUUAGAUUACCAAUUGGGGUUACAACGCUCUACCAAAAGAGGAAAUUCUUCUGAUACCUGGACGCAUACUUUCAGUUUGUGGUGCAUGAAUCCGUCUGUUGUUUUCAAAGACUUAGCAGAUCUUUCUUUAUCCAUCAUCUUAACAUCUGGGACUUUGUCACCGAUGAAUUCUUUCUCAUCUGAACUUGGGAUGCAGUUUGGUACUUGUUUAGAGGCUCCACAUGUGAUUGAUGUUAAUCUGCAGGUGUGGGCUGGUGCAAUUUCCAAUGGUUCUGGUAAUUAUCCUCUUAAUGGAAGUUAUAAAACAGCUGAUACAUACUCAUUCCAGGAUGCUAUAGGGAAAUCGUUGGAGGAAAUUUGCACUAUUGUACCAGAGCCAAGAGGGGGAGCCCAGGACGAAUUUGAUUCUGUUCUUAAGGGUUAUUAUGAUUCAAUACGCGGAAAGAACAGAUUGAUUGGAAGAAAUAGAAGAGCUAAGAAAGCAGGGCCUGUUAAAACUGAAACUCAGGAUGAUUCCAAGAAAGGAGCUGCAUUUCUCGCAGUAUGUAGAGGAAAGGUUUCAGAAGGGAUUGACUUUGCUGAUGACAACGCCAGGGCAGUGAUAAUAGUUGGCAUUCCGUUUCCAAACUUGCAUGAUAUUCAAGUCAGACUAAAGAAAAAAUAUAAUGAUACGUACAAAUCAUCUAAAAACCUUCUUGGAGGGAGUGACUGGUACUGCCAACAGGCCUAUCGUGCUUUAAAUCAAGCCGCAGGUCGAUGUAUCCGGCAUAGGUUUGAUUAUGGUGCCAUCAUAUUAUUGGAUGAGCGAUAUAGAGAACCAAGGAACAGAGCGUCUAUUUCAAAAUGGCUAAGGCAGUCAAUCAAACUGUAUGAUAAUUUUGAAGAAUCUAUGGAAGGGUUAAAAGCUUUUUUCAACAGUGUUAAGGAGCGAGUUGACAGUAAGAUGUUAGGGUCCCAGGAGUAUACUGUUGAGCAGAACUUUUCCUCUGAAAGCCAAAGCAAAGAAUGCAAAAGGAAGGAAAACCAGAUCCAGAACAAAUUUAGUCAUGUGGAACAAAAAGAUAUCGCAGUUAGGAAGGUGGUGGACACAGAGGACUAUAAAAGAUCGAUUCCACAAUAUCCUUUUAUGAACGAAAGCAAGGGGUUUUUGGAUCACAAAGAUUGGCAACCAAAAAUAGCCGAAGGUUCGAGAUCCAUGCAGCUUUCUGGUGUGAACUAUGGAACCUCCAUUUCACAGUUAUCAUCGCGAGGUGACGUACCUGCUCAGACAUUCAUUCAAGUUAAAGAGGAAGCUGAAUGUUGCAAAGAAGUCAUUGACCUUGAGUGCGAUGUCCAACCCGAGCCUGGGUAUUGUGAAGCGUCGUCUGUGACCAACUGUGAUGAAGUUCCAGAAACAUCUUUUGCAAAGGAAACCUCUGGUAUGAUCAAUGAUAUUUCAGUAGCCAGUCCAUGUUCUUGCUCGAAGAAUGAAAGCUCUAGCCCAUCCAUUAUAGGUCUGAGAUCUCCGAGGUCUCCUGAUCAAUUAACAAAGCAGCAUAUACCUACUCCAAAUUUCAGAAGAUCUCCUCUUGGAGCUGAGUCGUCCGCAGUAGUUGAGAGAUAUUCCAUUGGUGACACCCGUAAUUUGACUCCAGAAGCAGAGUCACCUUUGAAUAUGAGUGUUAAUUCCCAUGCUUUGAAGAGAAGAAAAUUUACUAGCUCUCCGGUCAUUGACCUUGAAGAAGAAAACAGUAAUGCUCCUAGUACUAUACCCUCAGAUCACGCAAGUUUAACAAGGAAAAUUGAAUUUGGGUAUGGAAGUACCCAACCAAGAUCGCAAAGCUACAAUAUAUAUGAUUAUCCAGAGGUGAAUCAGAAAGUACAGAUAUCUUGUUCGCUCUGCAGAAGUCCAUUAGGUCACCCUGAGAAUCACUCAUAUCUCGAUUGCUUGUUGACUACGUCGUCCAAAAAGCAUUUGCUGUCUCUUCUGAAAGAAAGAUCAAGAACUAGUGUUAGUGUUUCAGAAAUGCCGACAAGUGUUUCAAUUAUCAUGACAGAUUGCUCAUUAGUUAAUCAGAGACUCUGCAGAAGUUUUGAAGGCACAAAAGGUCAGGGUGUUUGGUGCAAGCAAGACGGAUGUGUUUUCAAUACUAUCUUUUGCCCUUUUUGCAGUACGCCAAACACUUGUCUCGGAGUGCAAGUCAUGGCUACUGAUUCAUCAAAUGUUCAGUUUCUGAGCAAAAUAUUGUUCUUUGCGGAUCAUCUAGAAGUCAUGGGUGAUACUGCAAGCAAGGAAACAGCGUUAAAGCACAAGGAAUCUAUUGGUUCCACUAAUACAGCUGUGGAUAAGAGUGAUGUGUUCAAGUCAAUAGAGGGAUUUGCAUACUCCCCGACGCAGCAGCAAGAGUCAGGAGGAGGCUGGAGAACCACAAAAUCAAAGCUGAGACUACCAAAACGCAAUUUGCCAACAAGCAAGAAGGCCUAG